GUGCAUUUUUAGUUAUUCAAAUAGGUACCUAACUAUUGUGUGUAUUUUAAUAGAUUAUAUAUACAUAAUAUAUUCAAAAAUUGAACUUAACAAUUAAUGUAAAGUAAUAUUAUAAGUAGGUUAGGGGUUAUAAAUAAAAAAAAACAAUUAUUUGAUAUAAAUUUAAAUAUCAUGUUUAUAUGUUUAUAUAUAUCGUAAAGCAAUUGAACCUAUAUAUGUACAUAUAUCUAUAUGUAUUAUCAUACAUGCAUAAUGUAUACUAUGGAUGCCUAUACAUUCGUAUACAGUAUAUAGGUACACUGUACACACUAAUAGAUAAUAUAGACAUGAAUAUAUAUCAAAUAAUUUAAUAUAUACUAAUAAUUCUAAUUGAUUAGAAAUUAUUAAUAUUAAAAUAGGUACUAUAUUUGUAUAUUAAAUAAACAUGUACAUUGCUGACAUAAUGUAUAUUGUAUUAUUGAUCUUUGUUCAAACAAACUGUAACUACCAUUGAAGUACUUAAAUGUAUAUAACAUAAAUCUAAAAAAUUAAAUAAUACAUUUUCAUAAUCACAUCAUUAGUUUUCAAUUUUAAAUAUUGUCAAUAUUUCUAACAAUGUUCAAUUAGCUACCUAUUCUUAUAAUAGUAAUAUUAUAAAAAUAUAACAUGUAUGAACAUAUGUAUAUAUUAAUAAUACCUACAUACAAAAUUAAAAAUAAAAAAAAUAGUUAUAAGCUGGUUAUGAGUUAAUUUAUAUGAGAUUUAGAAUUAAUAUAUGUGAAUUAUUACAUACAACAUAAUUUUUUUUUCUUGUACCUACAAACUGAUAAAAUAGGUCGAUACAAUUAAUUAUGAAUUACUUAUAAUUUCACUGAUCAAAAAUUGUUUUAUCAACUAAUGACUUUUAGCCCUGUGAAAAAAGACCAAUUCAAAGUUGUAUCAAUCUAUUAAAUAAUAUUAAUCAUAUUAUGAAAUUUUAACUUAUUAACUAUUGCAUUUAAAUUCAACUAAUUAUUCAAGUAUUUUGAUAUUAGUUCAAAACCUAUUUAAAUAUAAUAAUUAUAUUAUAAAUUUGGGUUUCCCAGUUCUUAAAAAAAAUAUACAGUUUUUCAUCAAUUUUUUUUUAUUAUUAUAUUUACAGUAAUUAUUAGUUUUAUAUUACUUUGUGGCAAAACAAUAAUAAUUUAGAAUGGAUGUUAAUAUUUUAAUUCUGAGGUUUAUUAACUAAUUUUUAUUAGCAUCAUAAUACUGUAACAUUUAAAUUUAAAAUAGGUACUUGAAGUGAAUAAAGUAUGACAACAGACAAAUACUUAAAUCCAAAUUAUAUAUUUCACUUCCUAUGUUCAUGUAGUUAUAUUAUAUAUUUCAAUAAAUUAGGUAAUAAAUAGAAGAAUAAUAUCCCAAUAUUUGUAUUGUAAAACCAUUGAAGAAAUGUAUUUAUUUAUUAUAAAUGUAUAGAAUUAUAAUGAAGUUUCAAUAGGCUUAACAUAAUAAAUAUAAUGAACAAAAUUACAAUAUUAUUAAAAUUUUGUUGAUCUCCCAUAAUUUAUUGACCACAUUAAAUUUACAAUAGACUAUUACUUGAAUAAACAUUAUAUUAAAAUCUUAUAAUAAUACAUUAUAAUUAAUAAUUAAAAUUUUAAUAAAAAAUAAAAAUAAUUUUAUCUCAAUCAUACUUAGAUCUAGUUUUUAAAUUAGAUAUUAAUUUAAAAACAUUUUCAGUUCAUAUGAAAGGAAUUAAAAUUACUUUCUUCAUUAUUACUAUAAUAUGAUAUACCUAUAUGUAUAUUUUACUACAAACUAUUUUUUAAAUAACUAAAACGCCGUGUAGGCCUUUUUCCUAAUGCUUUUAUGUAGGUGUAAAUAUUGUAUCCAAAUAAGACAUGAUUUACACAUUUACAUUAAAAUAUAAUAUAAAUGUUAAUAAUACAACACAGAUAAUAUCCUAUGUGUUCAUUAUGAUUCAUGAAUUCCAAUCAUAUGCUACAUAAAUUUUAGGUACAACAUACCAACCAAUAUCAAUAACUAUUUAAACAAUAGUUACUUAGGUACCAGUAAGAAAAGCUUACAAUAUAUUUGUAUUAACAGACUAUUUAAAAUAAAUAAAUAUAAACAUAUUUCGAGCUUUCCUUCUUUAUUUAAAAUUAUAUGAACAGUUGUGUGUGAAACAGUUAAUAAAUUAAUAUUUAAUAUUUGUACAAAUUGACAUUAUGCGAUUGUGGUAUGUCCAUAUAUGAGAGUAAUUAAAUUACUUCUUUGAAAAAUAAUUUUAUUUUAACAAAUUUCACACAAAAACUGCUUUCUAUCUGUCUGAUGAAUCAGCAUCACAAAUUAGGAUAUCUUAAUUUGUGCUCAGCAUCAACCAUCAAAUUGUAACUUAGAAGAUGAUUUAAGCCAUCACAUGUGAAUCUUUUUAUCUUAUGUGAAUCCUUAUUAUAUUAUCUAUUAAAUUACAAUUUGUAGAAAACAAUUUAAGGAGAAUUUUAUAUGAUAACCCCUUCUCGUCCAAAUUAACUGUUAAAUUGUAAUCUCAAUGGAAUGGAAUUUAAAGGCAUACUUCACAAAUUAAUCACUUUUUAUCUAUGCAUCCUGUAAAUCCUCAUUAUAUGUUACAAUAAAAUUACAAUUUAUAAAAAAUGGUUUAAAGCAGACAUUUCAUGAACAGUUGUAAUAAAUUAAUAUUUAAUAUUUGUACAAAUUGAUAUUAUGCUAUUAUUGUUGUCCGUGAAUGUGACUAAUUAAAUGAGUGCUUUGAGGAGCGCCUUUUUUACAAAUUUCACAUGAAAACCGCUUCUCACCUGUAUGAAUUCUCAUAUGAACCAUCAAAUUGUAAUUUGUAGAAAAUGAUUUAAGGCAGACAUCACAUGCAAACCGCUUUUCUCUUGUAUGACUUCUCAUAUGUACCAUCAAAUUGCAAUUUGUAGUAAAUGUUUUAUGACAAACUUCGCACAUAAACCGUUUCUCGCCAGUGUGAGUUCUCAUAUGAACCAUUAAAUUGUAAUUUGUAGUAAACGAUUUUACACACACAUUACACGGAAAUGGUUUCUCUCCAGUGUGUGUUCGCAUAUGUACUAUUAAAUUACAAUUUGUAGAAAAUGAUUUGAGGCAUACUUCACAUGAAAACCGCUUCUCGCCUGUAUGAGUUCUCAUAUGAACCAUCAAGUUACAGUUGGUGGAAAAUGAUUUAAGGCACACUUCACAUGUGAACCGCUUCUCGCCUGUAUGAGUCCUCAUAUGUACAACCAAAUUGCAAUUUGUAGAAAAUGAUUUAAGGCAAACGUCACAUGUAAAUGGCAUUACUCUUAAUUCCCUCUUCUGGUUGCACAAAAUGUAACUGUUCUAGACACACAUAACAUAAAAACUUAUUUUUAUUGAAUAGUACAUAUAUUUCAUUACAUUAUUAAAUACAGAAUAUACCUGAUAAUAACUAAACAAACAAUUAUUAAUUUAUAAACAUAUUAUUAAAGUUUAUUGUAAUUAUAAAAGGUUAUAUGGUAUACUUAUGAAUUUUUUUAUUUUACCAAUAUAAUAAGCUUUUUUCAGUGUUAUAUUAAAAUUUAAAAUGAAAAAAAAAAGUUUUUAAUACUUGUACUCAAAAGUUUAAUCAAUUGUAUAAUAAAUAUUGACAAAUGGGUACUUAUUAAAAACACAAAAACUAUUAUCUCAUUAUAUCAUCAUAAUUUAAAUUAAUAAAUCUUUAGUUCAUGAUCACAAUAAAAUUAAAAUAAUGUCUACUUUUUAUCAGAAUUUAUAAUGUUUGAUAUUUAAACAUUCUAUAUUAAUAUGUAUCUAAUGUAUAUUUAGUAUACCUAAAAACAUUAUUGUUUAAGUAUAAAAAUAAAACAAUUAACAAAAUAAUGGAUAAUAUCCAUUUUUAUUAUAAACAAGUUAAAUAAGUAAAAAUAUAAUAAAUAUUAAAAAAAUGUAUCAUAUUUAUUUUUUACGUAAUUUUAUUUAGCAUUUUGGUAUGAACACUUGAUAUGAACACUUACUUGCUAGAAUAUUGCAACUUUUAAAUUUAUUAUUUAAAAGCUAUUUAAAUAAAUAGCUUUUAAAUUUAUUUUUUAAAAGCUAUUUAAGUAAAUAGCAAAUAAAACUAUAUGCAAUGAAAACCGAAUACCUAUAAUUCAUAAUUGUUAUCAUAUUUUUAUAUUAGUAAAAUAAAAUAAAACUUUUUACUUCAAUAAUCAAUAUUAAUUUACUUAAAGUUAAUAUCUUUUCGACCUACUUAAAAUAUAAUAACUAUGGUAGGCUAUACCUAAUAUUGUGUAGUUUAAAAAAACACUGGUCAACCAUAUUACUAUUCAAUUCUUGUACUCAUUUCCCGUAAGUAAAAGUGUUUUAAAUAGUUGGUUCAUGAUAAUUUUAACAACAAACUAACAUUUGCAAUAUUAAAAAUAGUUAAAUUAACCACAGAUUGUAAUCAUAUAUUUAUAUAAUAUCAAUGCUUAAACAAAAAGAUGGUUUUAUUUAAUUAUCAUAUAACAUGUUUAAGUUCCGUUUUCUAUUACAGUGCAUACCCAUUGUGUUGUUUACUACAAUUCUAUGCUAGGAAUAUUCAUUAUUCUGCAAUAUGAAUUCUAUAAUAUAAUAUCUAGGUAUAACAUGUAUUAACAAUUUUUUAAAAAAAUGAUAAGUACGAAUAAGGCAAAUCAAGUAUUCACUGUUUAAAACUGUUUUAUAUGCAUUUAAAGAAUAUAUUUACAUUUAAAAAAAUAUAACAAUACAGAAAUAUACGAUUAUUUUUUAUUAAUUACUCAUUCAAAAUGUAUAAAAUAAUACAUACCUUGUUAGACAUAAAAAUGGAACACACUAAUAAAUGUUAAAUGUUAAUAAAAAGGGCCGAUAAUUAAAAACGUAUUAAGAUUAUUUCAACUUUUAACUAAAAUAAUGUAAACUGUUCAUUAACUUAAUUUAAAGACAUCACUCUUUGCUCGAUAAUUAAUAGAUGCUGCAUUCCAUAUUAGGGGGCUACUCUAUAUUUGGUGCGUCUUCUCCAUUGUUUUCUUAUCAACACUUUUUACCCAAAUAAAAUUGAUUUUAUGUGAUAAUAGCUCUUAUCAAUUUCCCCAACUGUUAUCAUUUAAUUUAAACUUGAAAAAUUAAAAGAGAAACGAGUACACUGUUAAAUUCAUAGAAAUUAUAAAUACCAAAAUAUUAUAAUAAUAAUAUUACACUACAGAGAAAAAUAAAGUUAGCAUAAUACUAUUAUUAAUACAAUUUAACAUUUUUUUAAACUUUUUUUUAUAUAUUAGAUAAUUGAUAAUGUCUGAAUUUAAACCACCGCUCAAG